AUGUUCUUUUUCCAGUUGAUUGAAUUCUUGCCGAAACGAGUGAUCUUGUUCUGCUUCUUGCCCUAUAUGUUUCCCCGGAAAGCCCGUGCUCGUGUGAUUUGGUUCUACAACUUGUGUUUGAAACAUCGUUUGACUGCUCGUGAAGAGGCUCGACGACGCAUUGCUUUCUUCGUCAAAUGGCGAAAAGAACGAAAAGGAGAGAAAGAUGAGGACGAUGAUGAUGAUUUGUGCCUCGGUUUCGCUAAAAACUCAUUGAUACGCCGCGUGAUCGUCGACAAUUUGUACAGGCCAUUUGAGUGUUUCUUAUGUCAAACAUAUCUUCGCGCGUGGCAAACACACAAAUGUGAACAAUGCCCUGCCACAUAUUGCAAAUUGUGUUGGAAAGAGCUGACGGAGAAAUGCUACGCUUGUCAGCCA